UCCGCCUUUUCCGGUCGUGUGCCAAAGGAGCCGAGGAAGAAGAGCCGGCGAGAGUUGCGCGCGUUCACUGGAGCUGGGGCACGGACGGCGCGGGGCGAAGGCGCCGCCUGCGGGGAUUCUCCAUGGCGACGGCGCGGGUUUCGCAAGGCCUCUUCUUCGCUUCCCCUUUUCCUCGUCGUCCUCCUCCUCCUCCUCAUUCCGCCCCGCCGGUCGCGGCCCCGCUUCUGGCGACCAGAAUGUGAGGAAGAAGUGUCUCCGCUGCGGGUUUGAAUUUGGCAUCACCUUGCCUCAGAUACCGGCAUCAGCUCUGUUCCUUGAUCAAUGUGACAGUUUGGAAUGCUUCAGCAACUGACGAAAUGAUCGAGAGUAGUGGAAAAUAUGAUUUCUACAUUGGUCUGGUACUGGCAAUGAGCUCCAGCCUUUUCAUUGGUGGGAGCUUCAUUCUGAAGAAAAAAGGUCUUCUUCGGCUGGCCAGGAAGGGCUCCAUGAGAGCAGGACAAGGUGGGCAUGCAUACCUUAAAGAAUGCCUGUGGUGGGCUGGACUUUUGUCAAUGGGAGCUGGUGAAGUUGCUAACUUUGCUGCAUAUGCAUUUGCACCCGCUACAUUGGUGACUCCAUUAGGAGCUCUCAGUGUUCUUGUAAGUGCCAUUCUCUCAUCAUACUUUUUAAAUGAAAAGCUUAAUCUACAUGGAAAGGUUGGGUGUUUGCUAAGUAUACUGGGUUCAACAGUGAUGGUCAUUCAUGCACCUCAAGAAGAGGCAGUAGAAAAUUUGAACGAAAUAUCCCACAAGCUAGGUGAUCCAGGUUUUUUGGUCUUUGCAACAUUCAUUGUCAUUGUGUCCUUGAUAAUGAUAUUUGUAGUGGGACCACGGCAUGGACAAACCAACAUUCUUGUGUACAUAACAAUCUGCUCAGUCAUUGGAGCUUUGUCUGUUUCCUGUGUAAAAGGCUUGGGCAUUGCUAUAAAGGAACUUUUUGCUGGAAAACCUGUGCUGAAACAUCCUUUGGCCUGGAUUCUGCUGCUAAGCCUUAUUGUCUGCGUUAGCACACAGGUCAACUAUUUAAAUCGAGCCCUGGACAUAUUCAACACUUCUAUUGUGACACCAAUCUAUUAUGUUUUCUUCACUACAUCUGUUCUAACUUGUUCUGCUAUCCUCUUCAAGGAGUGGCAACAUAUGGCGGCUAAUGACAUUAUUGGCACAUUUAGUGGCUUUCUCACUAUAAUAGUGGGGAUAUUUUUAUUGCAUGCCUUUAAAGAUGUCAACUUUACUCUAGCAAAUUUGCCUGUGUCUUUACAUAAAGAUGACAGAGGAACAAAUGGCUGUCUGCCAAACCCAUAUGAACGCUUUAAUCACGAUGAAGAAAGUGCAACUCGGGUAGGUGAUCUACAAUCCACUGAGGGAGUAUCUUCUAGGAGAAAUGGAAACCUGGCAGCACCUUAAAAAUACAUCUCAAGAAAAGAGCAAUUCUGUAACUGUGUUUCAUUGUGAAAUGUAAAUUUUAAGUGCUUCUCAGAAACAGAUGUAUUUAAACAGUAUGUAUAGACAAUCGUGGUUUUUUGGGUUUUUUAGGUUUGACUAGCUUGGAUUUUUAUUUGCCUUACUUUUCAUUUUAAAAAAUACUAAAGGACCUCAAAACAUAUUUUGCUUAAGUUACGUGUGACCAUGUAAAUAUUAAACUUUGGUUUGAGACUUAUUGCACUAAUGACAAUUUUAACAAAUAAAAUGCUUUAUUUCUGCA